AUGUCGGAAGGAGACCCAAUCGACGCAGACAGGGACGACUCCGAUGACGGAUCCGCCAUGCAUACAACGAGCCCUGCCAACCCUAUAGAAGAAGCAGACAAGGACGAUACAAGGAUCGCAGACUACCAGCCCGAGACGCGGUCGAACUAUGUUACCCUAGACACCUUCGCGGAACUCACAAAUCACCUCAGGACACGCAGAUGCCGCGUAUGCAACGACCUGUUCUUUUCAUCGGAACUGGAUAUUCGGAACCUGUUUCAAGGCUGGGCGGACGGUACGGUGGAUCAGUUAUCCUGCAAUCUCAGAUGCAGUAACUGCAACACGCGCUCAUGCAUCGCAUGCGAGCCAGUCGCCUUCACAAAGUCAUCCAAGGUCGGGUUUGCCUCACAGAACGUGUCAUGGUGUUGUGUGGGCGGGCGGGUAUUCCUGAUAUGGGCACUCCUGUGUGGAUUCGAUCGGCGCAUCUGGGAGUCCAGAAAUCUCGGGAACGUAUCCAAGCAAGUCAAGCCGGAGUCGCAAUCAAAGGCGAUGAAGAUCCAGAAGCCUACCCGCGGCGGAGGGUUAAACACAGGUCCCUUGGGCGGUCACAGAUUUUCGAGAGACUCCAUGCCUAGUGGCAAGGGCUACGGCGGGCAUACCUCGAGCUCCAGUGGACAUAAUUACGAUAUGUACGUCGACGAUACCUCUGAAGACGAUAGCGAAAUCGAAUAUGAUACCCACGGUGAGCCUUUUAAUGCUGAAGCACUGAAAGACAUGUAUGGGAAAGCACCAACCCCGAAAGGCUUUGAACACAUUAUGAACUCGAUGAAGCCCAACCCCACCAAACCCAAACCCAAACCGAAACAUGUGGUGGACAGAAAAGACGACUUCAUGUCAAAGGCGCGGAUUGCACUGAAAAAAGAAGACUACUUCAGCAUCACAGUCCUGGAUUUCUUGACCGAUCUGCUUCCUUCUCUCGAGCGGGAGACCUGCUUCGAUUUCGAUCCUCCCGGUGCUAUCUUGGAAAUGCUCAACAACAGCAAGAUCCUCCCAUACUGCGCAGAGCUCCUACGCAACGACUCGUUGGCCGACGUAACCAACCGCAAAUACCUCUAUCGGGCGCUGUUCCUCUUCCUGACUAUGGUGGGUUCGCAUUCCAGUACGAAUGCAGCGCUCUUUGGCCCUCGAUAUGCGCGACCUGAGACAAUAGACUUGCUCACACUCUCUUUCAAUGACGGGGUACCCGACGCAAAGGAGAAGGUGACCACUCUAGCCGAAUGUCUACGAAACCUCACUACUCAGAGCUCAAUGAUGCUACGGAGCGCCAAUACGAACAUAAAAGAUUUCGACGGUGACGAGGACCUGACGAUGCUUCAGGUAUGCGACCGCAUUUCUAUCUUUACCGAUUUCAUUCAAACGCAUAUGAUCACAGCGACCGAUAGCGUAGGCGGCAAGGCGACCGUCGUGGUACCUGAUGGCCUCGGUUUGAAGGAUGUAGACUCCACGCUGAUGUCAGAAACUCAUUACUAUUGGAACACAGCGAAUGGCUUCAUCGACUCCCAGCCGGGAAGGUUCAAGCGGUUGAUCACAGAGAUUACGACGCUGCAAACGGGCCUGCCACCGGGCAUCUUCGUACGCUAUUGCGAGGAUAGGCCCGAUAUCCUCAAGUGCGUCAUUGUCGGACCUGCUGAUACACCGUAUGAAAAUGGCCUCUUCGAGUUCGACAUCUUCUGCGGCCAGAUGUUUCCGAACCUCCCUCCGCAGGUCAACUUUAAGGGAACAGCGGGCGGUCGUCUAAACAUCAACCCAAAUCUUUACGCAGACGGUAAAGUUUGCUUAUCUUUACUUGGUACAUGGUCUGGAGAGCCAUGGAAUCCUGGGGAGUCGACAUUGCUACAAGUGUUGAUCUCCAUACAAGCAAUGAUACUGUGCGAGGAGCCAUGGUACAACGAACCAGGAAGGGAAGCGGGCUAUACUCGCAGCCCCAGCGGGCCUUCAGCGAUGUACAACAGAAAGAUCCGUGACCAUACCGUACGCACUGCCAUUAUAGCUUGGCUCGAUGAGCCGCCACCACUUUGGAAAGACGUUGUCGAUUUUCACUUCAAACAGCAAGGCAAUACCAUUCUCCGUACAGUGGAAGAGUGGGUCAAAGAGAGGGUGCCUGAAACUAACAAAUCGGCUUUUGAGCGAACAAUCGAAGAGGAAAUGUACGCCUAUGACGAGGCUUUUGCGGAAACCAUGGCUGCUCGUUACCGGGUUCCAGAAGCAAGCGAUUUGGGCGCCAUGCUACCACAUCUACAGACCGCAUUGAGGAAGUACGGCGCUACAUUCAUAGUCGAAUACGUCACUCCUCCUACCCCGAAAGCCCCAAAACGCAGAAUGGUACCGGCAAGUCAUUUCGGGCCUGGGCUUUCGCCUUACCCACCUGAACCGGGGGGUCCCACAACGAGCUCAUCGGAAGCACCGACGGGGUCUUCUAUGGCAAGUUCGUCAGAAGCACCAACGUGGGCUUCAGUGGCAAAAUCCUCGCCAGCCCAGACAGACACUCAAUCCAUGUUCAAACAUUUGGAUGAUUUCAGUAAAUUCAUGGACAACGCAAGUCCGGAGGUUGCUGCAAGCUUCUUCCGCGGUCGUGGCCAGCAUCGUGGAGGAUUCGGUAGGGGCCAUACAGCUUCCGAUACAAACGGACCUGCCGUGGAGGGUUCCGCUGAAGCGCCUCGCUAUGAACUUAGGUCUUCCACACGUGGUCGCGGCGGUAGCGAUGAACCUAGUACUCGUGGUGGGCAGAGCAGUUCCAGUACAGGUCACCCGCCUUACAACAGCAACACCAUGAACUUUAUACGCGGACGAGGCGGAGCUUCUCACAGCGUCCAAGGCUCCGGUCGUGGGGGCUUUGGCCGCGGGGGUCGUGGCAGUGGUUUGGAUGGUUCCGCUCCUGCAUUCCCUCCUCCACCUCCCGCCGGUCCUCUUCCGCCCAUUGGGUUCUACAAUAUCGGCCGCGGUCGAGGUGGACCUCCUCCAAGUGAUAACUUCACCAUGGGAGAUGCGCCGACUUGGGUUCGCGGGGGUGGACGCGGUCGUGGCAGAGGAAACGGUCGCGGUGAUCGGGGUGAUCGGGGUGGACGCGGACGGGAGCAACUCUCCCAAACCAUCGCCCAACGCUUCGCGUCAAAAAGCUUCUCCCCGCUCGAACUCUACUGCUUCAACUCCGUCUUCCGCUCCCUCGCCGACACCGAAUCCGGCGUACAAUACUGGAGCGAAAGCACACUAUGUCGUUUCCUCGAACUGCCCGAUGCGCUCGGCGUGGGCUCUGUUGUUUUCCAGAUGGCUAGCUACCUUGGCGCAUUCCCGCUUCCGAGUCAGGCCCCGGCUAUACUUACGCAGGACGCGUUGCUCAAGGUUGUUACUAUACUCACGGAGAGGUAUGGCGCUGUGCUUAAGAAGAGGGGAAAGGAGAUUUGGUUGAGGGAGGUUUAUAGGAGUUUGGCGAUUUAUGAUAAGGGGAUACGGUCGAGUUUGGAGGAUAAGGAGAAGGAAGUGGAAGAUAAAGCUAAGAAGGUGGAGGGCGGGAGCAGUAAUAUGGGGUGGGCAAUUGAUGCGCCGGAUGAGGGAGAAGAAGGAGAAGACGAGGAUGAUGAUGAGUUGGUGCUGGCUGCAUUAGACUCUAUGGAUGCGAUCGAUGCGUUCAAGCAUGGGGAACAGACGAAUGUUCAUCAUUCGAUCAUACCGACGGACAACUUCCUCAAGCUGGUGGAGCUGCUGCUGCUCAUUGCGCCGAUCGAUGCGCAGCAAAGUCUCUCGUCACUGGCACCAGAUCUCUCAGAGAAGAGGGUCGAGGAAUUACGGCAGGCGGCACAUGUCAUACUGUCGUCUUUCAACGUCGAGAGCCACCCCGGUGUCACAUAUCGCACGUUCAACACUGUCGUCUCAACAACGAUGCCCUACUUGUUCAACGGCCUCAACCCACUAUUCGAGCAUUUCCUCUUCGCGAAGGACUUCGACCUGUCCAAAAAGAAGGCAGGUCCUGGCUCACCCACCCAAGAGAGCAAGCCUGUGAUACCUCCGCCGAAGGCAGAACUGGAGCCGGUUCUACGGGAACCUGGGGAAAUUUUGAACUUGACUACACUCAGCCAACUCUCGUUCUUCAUCAAGGGCAGCAAUCUCUUCCGCAGACUACGUCCACUAUACAGCGGCAAUACCCACGGCUUCAGCAUGGGCUCCUUCGAAAAGCAAGUCUUCAACUGGCGGGCACCCACCAUCCUCCUCGUAAAAGGUCGUCUCCUCCCUGCAACACCCUCCAGCACACGCGAACGCGCAUUACAAGACAUGCUCCCACCCAAACGCCAUCCCUCCAGCAUAACCUCCAGCGCGCCCAACCAAACCCUCAUCUACGGCGCCUACAUAUCCUCACAAUGGAAACACACAGGCAAAACCUGUUUCGGCGACUCCUCCACCCAGCUCUUCCAACUCUCCCCCACCCACGACAUCUUCCCCGCCUCCACUUUCAGCAAAGACUACACCUACUUCUCCAAAUCGCCCACCCACCCCGCGGGCGUCGGCCUCGGGACGCCCAUCCCAACACAAACAGCCUCCUCAACACAAUUCUCGCACUCGCCCUUCCGCCCCGGCCCCGUCUCUCUGCACCUCGAUGACGCGCUCGAAUUCGCGGUGUUCACGCAUUUGUCUGAAGGCGGGGGCUCGUUCCUUCCGAGCAAGUUGCCCGACAGGAAGAAGAGGGAUUGGCAGGAUCGCUUUGAGAUUGAGUGUUUGGAGGUGUGGGGGUGUGGUGGAGAUGAGGUUGCGGAACAGCAGAGGAAAGAGUGGGCGUGGCAGGAGAGGGAGGCCGAGGCGAGGAGGAGGGUUAAUUUGGGGACGGGCGAUGCGGAGAUGGAUAGGGAGUUGUUGAAGAUGGCGGGGAUUAUUUCGGGGGAUAGGAGUGGGGGGAGUAUGGGAUGA